CAGCCAUAAAGAGAACUUGUGCUAGCCUACAAAACAAAAAUAUUUUUUCUUUCUAUUUGUACAUCCAACAACAUUUUUUCACAUACCUCAUACGAAGACUAAAUUGUUUUGCUAUGCUCUAUUUUUUGGCGGGUAUUUAUUAGUUCAUAUAAACAUUAUCAACAUCAACACAAAGGGGUUAACAACAACAACAAAGGCUUAUUUAGCAAUUCGAGUAAUACAAGCUAGGCUAUUAGUUAGUGACUUAAUAUGCCAGAUUCGAUGAGUCAUGGCGAGAUCUCUUCCAACCCAGCAGCGAAGAUUAAUAUGGCAAGUGUCUCCUUUGGAGGAAGCACUUUUUGUCAGCGUAGAGAGGAUAUUUUUAAACGACUUCAGCAGAGUGCAGAAAAGUGUAAACUAAAAUUUAGUGGAAAAAAAGAAUUGGCCACGGAAAAGGAUGAUAGUGUGGCCGAGUUGUGUGAAGCAUUAGAAGACACAUUUACGUACGGUCUGAAACAAAAACAUUCAGUAGUCACGUUAACAGCGGUCAGUUUGUUUCAAAAUAUGCAUGAGAUUGUAACAGGCAAUAGCUCUGCCAUUAAUGAUAGUAACGGUGACACUACAUUUUGGGAUUUUUGUCAAAUUCACUUGACUCCACACGAACGCGAACGUUACACACAACUCAAUCAUGUCUGGACGAAAUGUGGUCUGGGCAGGGCAUUUAUACGUGCUACAUUAAACGAAAACUCACUGCAGCGAUACUUACUCACAUGGCUGGCAGAAGAAGACCUUUUGCACCGUUACUAUACGCAAUGGUCGCUUUUGUUAGACGGCAAUGCCAGCAAAGAAUUGCCACAAAUUAUUGGUUCACUACAAGAUGUACUCUUUGCGUUGACCGUUAACUCUACCGAGUUGAAUGCACCAACGCGCAUUACACCACUUCAACCGAAUAAAGAGGAACCCGUUAUAUAUGCACCUACACCAGUUCCUACCUCCUUAGGCAAAAAUAAGCGCAGAACACAAGCAGUGGAACGACCCAUCUCAACUGCCAAUUCCACUGAAGAUUUAUUAAAGGUAAUUCGGGAAGUCACUAAAGUGGCCGCCGAAAAAGAGCGUGUGGAUACAUUUCAAGCUAUGACAGAACUACCAGUGUCAGUUGAGGAAAGUGAGACUACGCCGCCAGAUCCCAUAGAACCUGAAUUAGCAUUCCUUAAAGAGCCUUUACCGGACGUUUUUCCACCAUUGGCCGCACAAAGUGAGCAGCACUCAUUGACAACAGCUAACACCGCCAGCAUACAGCAUAAUUGCAAUGAUGAUAAACAAUCCGUAAACGUAGUGAGUGAGCAGGAAGAUGAAGAUAGGAGUGACACAUCAUCGCAAUAUAGCAAGUCAUCCUCUGCCAAUUGCACCGUUAAUCAUGCAGCUAUGGAGGAAAAAUUACGUGAAAUGGAGGAACGCUGCACGCUAUUAGAGACGCGCGUUGCACAAUUGACACGUGAUAAUCGUCAGCUUGUAAGACGUUUGACACAAAACUUCAAUGGGCUAGCCAUUGAUCCCACCGCCUCCUUGGCUACUAAUUUUCUCAUAACCAUUCCAACGGCCGAGCUGAAAAAGACAAAACAUGGCACAUCCUACUAUGCCUACGAGAUACACAUAACUAUGCGUCAAAAUUUGGAACACUGGUCGUUAUUGCGUCGCUAUCGUGACUUUCACAAACUACACAAAUCACUACUUCAUACUCAUCCGACCGUGUCUUCGGUUGAAUUUCCGCCGAAAAAGCAUUUUGGCAAUAUGAACUUGGCCUUUGUAGAGGAACGGCGUCAGCAAUUGCAGAUUUAUUUGUUGAAUGUGGUGGAGAUUCUACCACAAGUCGAGGCUUGCAAGUCGAAGGCGGAAUUGCAAAGAAUAUUUCCCUUUCUGCGCGAACGGUAACACGUUUGACUGUUGUUUUAUACGUUUUUCGUUUAAUAGUAUUAAAUUGUUAUACACUUGAAAGUGCUUGU